AUGGGCGUCCUAAAACUCAAAAGUGACAAGAAGAAGAGGGAAAAGUCGAAGGAAACCAAAAUAGAUUAUUCAAAAUGCUUAAAAAGAACAAAAAUUAAGGAGAAAAUAAUUCGGAAGGACGCCGAAAACGAAUUCGACCUCUCGAUAUUCGCCAAAACAGAUCAUGCGUCGAAUAAAAUACGGCAGCUGAAUUACGCCAAGCUAGUUAAAGCCAUAAGGAAAAACAAAAAUUUAAUUGCAAACCAUGUGCCCAAAAUUUUGGAGAUUUACGGAAAGGGCAUCAUAGAUGAUGAUGAAAAUGUCCGAAAUUAUUCCUCCAAAAUAUUUUACCAUUUGGUGAAUAGUCAUAUCGAUUUUGACGUCUUCCACAGCAAGAUUAAAACUUGCUUGUUUCAUUCGUUGAAGAUAGGAAGAGUCCCUCUGAAGGUGCUAAACCUGGAGCUGUGCCACAGCUUCUUUUUUACGAAGAUUCACUACUGCCAUAAGUUUUUCUAUGAAUUUUUGAGCAACAUUUUGGGCUGCUUCGUUUCGCUGCCGAUUGAGAAGCAAGUCACAACGGUGAGGUAUUUCUUCCUCUUGUUCAAGCACAAAUGGAGGUUCAAGCGGGGGGGGAGGAACCUCCCCAGUGGGGUGAAGCAACAAGGAAGAGGUGGUUCCGUGGAAGAGACACACAUUGACAUAGCAGAGGAGGGGGAUCCUCCCCAUGGGGAAGAAGUUCCAGAUGACGAAUCGAGGGGAGACCCGGAUAACUGCUACGAAUUCAUAACCCGUACAAACAGGCGAAACAGCUGUAACGACCCCUUCCUGCUGCAGAAGGAGAAAAAAACGAGCAUCCAGGUGGCAACCAAGAUGGAGAUCUACACAAAACUACUGAAAUGUCUGUGCAACUUUAUGGAUGAAGUUGUGUACAAUUCGAUCAACGUAGAUUUGAUUCACCUAUACACGAAGAUUUUAAAAGUAAUAACUUUUAUGAUGAAGAAGAAAAAAAAAACAAUUUUUAAGCAAGAAAUGAUGACUCUACUUAACAAUUUUUUGCAGAGAGCCAUGGGGGUGAUUAACGAACAUGCAGCUGAGAUAAGUAGCUGCAAAAAGGUGUUGAACAUGAUUUGCUACUUCAUCCUGUUGGUUUUAUCUCUGUGUGGAAAAGAGGUGAAACACUUUGAGGACGCCAAUAGGAGGGCUUCAAUAAACUACGCAGGGUUAGUGAAGUAUUGCCUCUCCAUUUACUUUUACGCCCUUUUAAGAUGUGAAUUUUUUAGCGGAGAAAAUCCGGAGCAUCAAAGGAGCGGAGGCGCCCCAAACGGGGAUGUAAAAAGGGGAAAUCCGCUUCAUCACAGUGAAGGGAGCAGUCACACGGAGGUAAGCACCCAUGUACUCAACAAGCUCUUUGAUGGGAAGAGGCAGAAGGGGACACACAAGAACGUGGAGAAGUACGCAAGGAAGUACUUUCACCUGUUAGUCUGCCUCUACGAAAUGUUUAUUCACCGAAAGGAUAGGAAAACGCUGUGGCAAGAUGGAGAACCCCGUGAGGGAAAAACAAGCGGGAAGAACACAAACCAGAAGGAGAAAAGCAACAACAGUAAUAUUGCCUAUAGCCAUGCCGAAAGGAUAAUCAAAUUGGUGGAAAAAAAAAUACUCCUGUAUGAGAAUGGCGGAGAAAUGAGAGUUCUAUGUGGACUCGUUUUAAACUAUUUGAGCAACUUUUCGCAAAGAAGUAUCGACCAGAUGGAUCGCUUUUGCUACUUUGUAAUUAUCCUCGCGCAGCAGGCAAAUGGGGGGGUGAAUCAACUAGAUUAUGAAGCACCACUUGUGGGGGAAAGACUCUCCAAUUCUUCGAAAGAAAACACACAAGGGAGUAGCAACCAGGGGAGGAGUGCGGGUGUCUGGGAUGAGGGAGGCUCCCAAAAGAGGGGGUCAUCAUUUCCAUUCUUAACCACCCCUUUCAUGUUCGUACUUUUAGCGGACUGUGAGUGCUUCAUAAAUAGUAACUUCUUCGACGCUUUUUUCGAAAUAUUUAAUGAAGAAGAGAGGAGGAGAACAAUGGAGGCGAUUUCGUUUGUGCAGAAUGGAGGAAGUACCAUUAACAUAAUUACGAGAAAGACUUUUGAUUGUUUUGUUGGAAAUUUAUUUUCCAUUUUGUAUAGCUAUGAGAACCCCCUUUUUGUGAAUAACUGCCUUUUUUUCCUUUCCUUCCUAAGUGUAAAUAAGCGCAAGGUAAAGAAGCCGUACGGGGAUUUUAAGCAUUGGAGUGGCGCCAAGCUGGAAAUGGAACAGCUGCUUCUCCUCGAUGUAAGGACCCACUUGGAUGAUGUGAUGAAGGACAAGGGAGAGAUACUGAUUGAUCACUUUUUAAGCAAAAAUAGACACGUCAUCCUCUCCUUUGAGAUAAUUUCUAAUCUGUAUUUUGUGUACGAGAAUAGGAGUAGCAGGUUGCUCUUGUUCAUUUAUUUUUUGAUUUUAAAAUUUGAGAAGGAGGGGAGUACCUUGCGCUUUGCCCUGGGGGAGGAAGAAGCCAUGAUUCUUCUGGACCGGGUUUUUCGUACCCCUCAUAGGGAUGACUGCACAUGUGUAGUAAACACUCAGGGUAGCUACUCCCCUUUGGUUGGUCUUUCUCCUGAAGAGGGUCCCCAGGGCGAUGCGGGGGUCAACCCAGAUGGGGGGAGGACAGAAGAAGGGACGCCUCUCUGUUUGCUCGAAAAAAAAUACACAUAUAGGAUAAACAAGGAUUAUCUGUAUAGGGAAGAUUUUUUACUUUUCUUUCUCAAGAUGAGCUUAUCCGAAUGGGAUUUUAUCGUCCGAAAUGACAUAUACACGGUUAUGCAAGUGAAGGGUUCAAACGGAGGUGGAGACAAAGCCGUUGCGAACCCCUCAGGUGGAGACAAAACCGUUACGCACCUCCCAGGUGGAGACACUACCGUUGCGAAACUCAUUUUAAUUAUAAAACGAAUGGCAUUCAUCAUUUCGAAUGUUAACAUAUGCAUGGGGAAUAAGGCAAAGAAUCCGAAUAACUCCCUUUUCAUAAUGGAUUACUUAUUUGGGGUAAUCGAGCGGGUGGCGUUGACUCGUCUCCCCCAGGCAGGGUGUUCAAACGAUUGCGAUAGAUUGUUCCUACUUGUUAAAGCGGCUUUUCUGUUUUAUUUCGUAUCUUUUUAUUUGUUCCCUUGUUUGUUGUCCAAGAGGAGGGGAAGUUUCAACCUGGAGGGAGGAGCAAUCGAUGAGGGGCAAAAUCGCAGAGGAAGAGAAGUUACUGGUGAUUUGACCGCUGCCAAGGAGGGCGAAGCGGAUUUACAAUCGGAUGCACCGGUUGGACGGGAGCAUAUCUACUACGACCACAGCGCAGAUGUGACGGUUGACGUGCCUACUUUUGUCGCGUUCGUGAAGGAGACCCUUUUCAAAAGUGGCAGCAAGGAAGAAGAAUCCCAAUUGGAUAAGUUCGCAUAUGUGAUGCCGCACUCACACAUGGCCUGUAGAUUUUUUGACGUCCUAUUCGAGCAAGGCGUUAUGUACGCGUGCAGCGUGAAUGGGGACCUCCAACAAAUGCCCAGCGUGGACUUAGAAUAUAAUCUGAGCACCCACGUAGAAUUUCAAAAUAUGCUCACCAAAAUUGAGAGCAGCAUAACCAUCGUCAGUUUCAACAGCAUAGUAGAUGUACCCGUAAGGGGGAUCAUCAAAUUGCUGACAAUCACCAUUUUUAAAAUGUCACUCAACAGAAAUAUUUUGUUUGCUCGGUUGGUUAACAAUUCGGACUGCUUUCCAAAUGGGUACCUUUACGAUUUAAACUUUUUCUUUUUUUUCCAUCAUUUGGUGUCAUCGUUGAUUCAGAGAGUUAGGGGCUUGUCUGAUGGUCCCUUCUCCCAGCGCAGUUACUACUGCAUCUCGUUCUUAAUAGAUACCCUUCUGUGCGCGUACUGCAUCAUGGAGGAGGUCGCGAAGACGAUGGAGGUGACACCCUGUCGGGGCGCGACAGGAGAUGCGGUAAAUGCGGCAAAAGCGGCAAAUGAGGCUUAUGAAGGAGAUAAGGCUAAUAAUCCAGAUGGCCCAGAUGUACCGGGCGAACCCCCACUUGCAGCAGCAAAAUGGAGCCUGCAAAAACUCAACGAACGGCUGAGGUGCACACUGAACGAAAUGCCGCAAAAGGAAAAGAGAUACCUUUUCCCGCGGGUCAAGUUGCUAGUAGAGAAGUAUCUUUAA